GGCCCAUCUGAGGCCCAGACCGAUUUCCGAAUCCAUGAGUGUGUGUGAGAGAGACUUUUCAUUCGUUUCGAGCAAAAAGCCUCGCCACUUCCUCUUCACACUUGAUGGCCAACGCUCACACCCUCCCCACUUCCUGCCUCUUCAACAAGGGGUUUCAACAAUCUUGGGGUUUGAGCUUACCGUUUACGUAUUCAAGAAUCAACCAAAGCUUCCAAACACGAAUUUUUGUGGAGAUGCAGGAAGAUAGAGCUCCAAUGAUAAGCAAUCACUCUAAGAUGAAAAUUCCACAUGUGUUAACUGUUGCUGGCUCUGAUUCGGGAGCUGGAGCUGGAAUCCAGGCUGAUAUUAAGGCCUGCGCGGCACGUGGAGUCUACUGUUCCACUGUGAUAACGGCUAUCACUGCACAGAACACUGUUGGGGUUCAGGGUGUAAAUGUUGUGCCUGAGGAUUUUGUGGGAGAGCAGUUGAAGUCUGUGUUAUCUGAUAUGCAAGUCGAUGUGGUGAAAACAGGCAUGCUACCAUCUAUUGGCAUUGUCAAUGUCCUUAAUCAAAGUCUAAGGGAGUUCCCAGUACAAGCUUUAGUGGUUGAUCCUGUCAUGGUAUCUACAAGUGGAGAUGCACUGGCUGGUCCUUCCAUUCUUGCUGGGUUUCGAGAGGAGCUUUUUCCUAUGGCUGAUAUAAUCACACCAAAUUUAAAAGAGGCAUCUGCUUUACUUGGUGGUCAGCAACUGGAAACAGUUUCUGACAUGCGUUCUGCUGCAAAACUGUUACAUGACAUGGGCCCACGAAAUGUGCUUGUCAAAGGUGGCGAUCUUCCUGAUUCAUCGGAUGCUGUUGAUAUUUUUUUCAAUGGUCAGGACUUCUAUGAGCUGCGAUCUUCCCGCAUUAAAACUCGCAACACUCAUGGUACUGGUUGCAGCCUGGCAUCUUGUAUAGCAGCUGAGCUGGCAAAAGGUUCACCAAUGCUACAAGCUGUUAAGGUUGCUAAACGCCAUGUUGAGACUGCUUUGGAUUACAGCAAAGACUUUGUCAUUGGAAAUGGGGCCCAAGGCCCCUUUGACCUCCUAUUUAGGCUUAAGAGUUACGUUCAAAAUUCUUGGAGGCAAGUGGGAUUUAAUCCAAGUGACUUGUUCUUGUAUGCUGUUACAGACUCUAGGAUGAAUAAAAAGUGGGGACGUUCUAUUGCAGAUGCUGUUGGAGCUGCCAUAGAAGGAGGUGCUACCAUUGUUCAAUUGAGGGAAAAGGAUGCUGGAACGCAGGAUUUUUUGGAAGCAGCGAAAGCAUGUCUCAAAAUUUGCCGUUCACAUGGAAUACCUCUACUGAUAAAUGACCGCAUUGAUGUUGCCAUUGCUUGUGAUGCUGAUGGAGUGCAUGUUGGUCAGUCAGACAUGCCUGCUCGUGUAGCCCGCACUCUUCUUGGCCCUGAAAAGAUCAUUGGUGUAUCGUGCAAGACGACAGAGCAAGCCCAUCAAGCAUGGAUAGACGGGGCCGAUUACAUUGGUUGCGGUGGCGUAUAUCCAACUAAUACGAAGGCAAACAAUCUCACUGUUGGCCUGGAUGGGUUGAAGGCUGUUUGUGUGGCUUCCAAGUUGCCUGUGGUUGCAAUCGGUGGUAUUGACGCUUCAAAUGCAUGUUCUGUGAUGCAAAUUGGUGUACCAAAUCUGAAAGGAGUUGCCGUUGUGUCGGCUCUUUUCGAUCGGGAAUCCAUUCUCGCGGAGACUAGGAAGUUGCAUGUAGUGUUAAAGGAGGCAGCAUCAAUGUCAGUACAGAUCGCAUUGAAAUGAGGCUUUUUCGAUAUCACAACUAGAAAGAAUUUGUGGCUCAAGGCUGGUUUUUUCGGUUAUAUUAGAGGAGUUCAUAGUCCAAAGAAAAUACAUUAGUUAGUUGUUUUAGCCGCAAAUAUUCAUACUAUCUAAUAAUGGGCAUCAAUGCCAGGCUUGCGUGGAUGCCCAAGGGUUUCUGUUUAGGUCGAUAAAAGGCAAGUUGCUGCCUUUGAGCCAACCAAUCCAAAUUUUUUACCAUUCGGUCAUUAUGUUUAUUUUGUAAAAGAUGAAUGAGUUCAUGAGGAAUUUUAUGUGCGUUUUGCUUUGACA